AUGCUGACGUCCCGAUGUGCGUCGUCGGCGCUGCGCCGCUGUCGUGUGCCUCUAUGUGCUUCCUUCUCCAGCUCUCCGGGUGCGCCUAAGAAUCAGAGCGUGUCAACUUCCAUUGCUAAAGUCCCUGCCAAGCCAAAGAAAAUCCUUUCCGUGCGCGCAUCCCCAGCCCAGAACCUGCGCAACGCACUGGAAGCUCUGGACGAGAUGAUCGAAGAAGCAGACCGCAAGGUGGAGAAGAAAUACCGCCCCAACAUGUUUGCAGAGUUUAAGCAACUUAACGAUACGGAGGGAAAAGUGCUGGAAGGCAGCGAGAUGCUCAUCGAAGUGGGUAAAGCCAAGAGUGUUCCGUCCUUGAAGGUGGACACGCUAGACGGCAAGAAGGUGGACAUCCAGAACUUCGUGACCAAGGGGAAAGUCACACUUGUACUCACAGCGUUUAAGAACUACGGACUGGAUAUGCUGCCAGCUUGGAGGGACGGUUUUGUAGCCUCUUUUGGGGACAAACAGGGAAAACUGGACAGCAGAGUGCAGACGCUGACGCUCAACGUGAUCGAGGACUGGUACAUGAAGCUCGUUAGCGGGAGCAUUACCCGUGGCUUACAGGAGAAGAUCCCCGGGGAGCUUCACGCCACCACGUUCGUGCAUUUUGGACGUUGCGACGAUUUCCGGACGCCUAUGGCGCUCGAUAACAGCUUCGUGGGGUACGCGCAUCUUUUAGUAAGUAUUGCGGGAGGGCCAGCGACACCGAAGGAACUAGACAGGUUAGCAAAGGUGACCAAGCAGUUGUUGGCGCAAAAUGCGCAACACCGCCGUCGAUAA